UCUGGCAACAGUGACGUUAGUAAACAAUCCAAAAUGGCGAAGGAGUCGAAGGCGAUGCCGAAGGAGGCGCAAGUUAUGACUGCUAUCCUCAAGGAUAUGGGCAUAACGGACUACGAACCGGGCGUGAUUAAUCAGAUGCUCGAGUUUACGUACCGUUAUGUGUCCCAGAUAUUGGAUGAUGCUAGAGUGUAUGCAAAUUACGCGAAGAAAACAAAGACUAUAGAAAUGGACGAUGUAAAAUUGGCAGUUCUCUUACAAAUGGAAAAGUCUUUUACAUCUCCACCACCUCGUGAUCUGUUGCUCGAGUUGGCAAGAACUAGAAACUCAAAUCCACUGCCACCAAUCAAAGCCAAUCAACAUGGGAUUCGGUUACCCCCAGAUCGGUAUUGUCUGUCUGCCUGUAAUUAUAGGGUGAAACUAUCUAAAAAGAAACUGGGCAUGCCCAAUAGCCUAGGUGGGGGCAAUGCCCGCAUUAGCCUUGGAGGUGCUGGUCCUGGAAUGAAAAUUGCAGCGACGCCAAUCAAACCCACCAUAUCCAUGGUGGCUACUAAAACUGGCAAUACACAAGCAGUAACUUUAGUACAAAAACCAGCCACAGGGAUUGCCUCUGGCCCAACUCAGAAAAUUGUCAGUGUCAACAGGCCCAUCUUCAAGGUUACUCCUGGUCCUCCUGGGGGAAGCACUCCGAAGAUCCAGUUGUCAUCAGGUGGCAACACUGUUUCUAGUAACGUCAUGGUUAAUGUUUCUUCAGCUUCAGGAGUUAAGUUAGAAAUGGAUUCUUCAGCAGUGAAGAGAAAAAGAGAGGACGAUGAGUAUGAUAAUAUUCAGUAGCAUAGUUUUAUAUAUAGAUUUUUAAUCCCCCUUUACUGCUCCUAUUUCCCUUCUAGUUUCUGUUAUUAGUUUAUCUUUCUUUUUUACCUGAAGGCCCUUUUGUAUUUGCUAUAUGUUGUAAUGUUAGGUGUACGAUUGUCAGAUUUAUAAACACUGCGGGUCAAAAAUUGCUGAGAACAUUCAAACUUUGUUGUCUACUGUAUACUUUUGACUUAUGCAAACGCUAUUGUGAAAUGUAUUGUAGGGUUUAUUUAUUUUCAUGGAUAUGAAAUGGAAAAGAUUUUUGUAUGUGUAUAAAAUAUUUGUAAAUAAAA